UCAGUUCCAUCCGGGUCUUUGGGUGUCGGUAUUGUUGUGUCAACCUACACUCCUACGUUGCAUGAUGAAAUCAGUAUACAGCGGGGCGACCGAGUCGAGUUACUGGCUGAAUACGAUGACGGCUGGUGUCAAGGCAUCAAUUUAACGCGUGGGAAUGCCAAAGGUGUAUUUCCGAAACAUUGCGUGAAUUUUGCAUCA